AUUAAAUUUCGCAUACACAGCCCGUCCAAUUAGGAACAAUUCCAGCGUGGGGAGAGCCACCGCUCGGCGUGCAUAAGCCCAGUUUGAACUCGGGUUUCUGCUGCGGUGACCGCUUUUUAUACUCCCUUUCUGGAUGGAUAUGUCGAUAUGUCCCUAUGUUUAAUUGUACAAUUAAUAAGAGGACGAGGGAGCUCGGCUGCUGAAAAGGGACUCCCGAUGGCAACGAAUGCCGCCAAGCGCGGACAGGAGACGGCUACGCCUGCCUCAGCUGCCAGGCCACGCCAUCGCUCGCGAGCUGAUGACAAGGAAAAUGCUGCAUUGCAAGACGGCGCUCCAGAGGACCCCAGGCUGGCAAGCAUCAAGGCUCUACGGGAUGAAGUAACUUGCGCGGUGUGCCUGGACAUUUGCGUGCGGCCAUGCACUACCAGCUGCGGCCACAACUUUUGUCGGGCCUGCCUGCGGCGGUGUCUCGAGCUGAACCAGCCGUGCCCAAAGUGUCGGACGCGCCUGCCGCCCGGCUUCUCGCUGGCCAUCAACACCACCCUCUACAACAUGAUCCAGCAGCUAUUCCCCGCGGAAGCAAACGCCAAGCCCCUAACGCCGCCGCCUCAGCAGGCGGCCAGCGCCGGGGGGCCGAGACCGGCUCAGGUGCCGCAGCUGCAUGCGCACCGUAACCCGGCCGCACCUUUUAGGCCCCCCAGGUUCGCGGCAGCAGCCGGCGGUGGCCCACAGCCCGUGUUCACCGGCCUGUCCUCAUCCCGCGCCAAUGUGGGUAUGGCCUCAGCCAUCGGCCGCAGCGUGUCGGGGCCGCGGCCACAGCGGCUGCCCAUCACCAGCGCGGCCCCCACUGGCGCCGGCAUGGGUUCGGAGGCCGCGGCCCCGGUCUCGGCUUCGGGCUCCUCCUCCCAAGCAGUUCCGCAAAGGGGCCUGGGCGGCAUCAUGGGGCUGGCAGAGCUCGGCAUGCGGCCGGGCACGGGCGGGGCGGCGGCUGCAGGGCGAGGGGGCGGCCUGGCCGCGGCGGCCGCACGGCGGGAGCGCCGCAGGUCCAGGAGCGCGGAGCGUUGGGAGGGCGGCGAGCCGCUGACAGCGUCGGUGUCGGGGCCUCUGUCGUUCGUGCUGGUCGGCGGCGCGGAUGCGGGGGCUGCAGGGCCCAGCGGCAGUCGCCCCGUGCGCAGCUCGGAUGGCCGGCCCUCGGCAUCGGGCCAUGCGGGCCUCACAGCGCAUGCGGCGGCAGCAGCCGGGGCAGGAGCGGCCGGCCUGCCAGCUUCGCGAUCUGGGUCGGGCUCGCUGCUUGCGGGCGCAAUGCAGGUGAUUGCGGAGGCGGGCGGGCCGCGCGGCCGGCUGCAUGCGGCGGCUGCUGAGCCCGCGACCAGCCUCAGUUUUAACCCCUUCAUGCGCAGCCUGCGCCCCAUACAGACCGGCCGGGCGACCGGAAGCGGCUCAGCUACAGCAGCAACCUUGGGAGCCACGCAGGCGGGAGGCCCGUCGCAGGGCGCUGCGCCUGUUGCCGCCGGGCCAGGUGCGCCGCUCGCGUCGCACAUGACUGCGUCGCAGCGCGCGCUGCUGCAGGCGCGCAGCCACCUGCCCCGCCCCCAUCACGUGACAGGCGCCCCCAGCACCAGCCGCGGCGCCAGCGGGGCCAGCGCUAGGAGCAGCGACAGCAGUGAGAGCGGCGGCAGCAGCAGCAGCGGCCGUAGCAGCAGCGUGUUUGGCUCGGGGUCGGGCGAGGGGCCGCUGCUAAGCGUGGGCGGCGGCGCUGGCGGCGAUAGCUGCAGCAGUGGCGGCGGCGGCCCGGGCGCCUUUGAUGACGUGUCCAUGCUAGAGCUGGAGGCGGUGCCGCCGCUGCCGCUGCAGGGACUGCGCGGCCUCCAAAUCUCGGGCGGCCCCGCCUUUGCGCGCUCCGCUGGCAGCGCGGCCGGCGUUGCGGGCGCGCCUGCUGGCCGGCCGCCGGCGCACGUCGGGCCGGCACAGCUCCGAACGGCGUCGGGGCAUUCCUCCGGCGGAGGCGCUGGAGGCGCUGCGGUGGCGGCGGGGGCGGCGCGCCGGCCGCCGGCGGUGGACACUGCGGAGGACCAGGCAGCCGCGGGGGCGCCGGGAGUGGGUGUUGGAGGCCGGGGCAUACGCCGCAGCGACAGUGACGUGUCGGGCGCCGCGUCGCGUGACCAGGGCUCCAGGCUCGCCUCCGUGCCCCUGGCCUCCGUGCCCGCGCACGGCACGGCCGGCGCCGCCGCCGCCGCCACACUGGCCGCCUAUGCCUUGGACUCGGACAGCGACUCGGUCAUCACGCUGGAUGCGCUGGACGUGCUCACGCCGGCGCCGGCCGUGCCUGACGCGCUGCCGGGCUUGGCGCGCAUGGACGUUGAUGUGGAUGUGGGCGGUGAGGAAAUGGCGCUGUCGCCGUCCGCGUUCGCUACGCCGCAGCCGCAGCCGCGGGCGGCCCCCCAGCUUCGAGCCCUGGCCGGCCACGGCGCGGCGGCGCCCUCGCCCAGCUGGGAGGAGCUGGACGCGCUCAUGGCGCGCGGUCUGGCGCAGUCGCCGGCCUCGCCCGCCACCGCCAUGGACAUGACGCCGCCCGCCCUGCCGCGCCUGCGCCUGCCCUCGCGCGCCGGCGGCGCCGCCGCGUCCGCAGUGCCCGUCGGCCCGCCGGCAGCAGCAGCAGCUGAGGGCGGCAUGCCGCGACUGUCGCUGCCGGCCGCCGCGCUGCGCGCGCCCCCGACGGUGCCAGCCGCGACUGCGGCAGCAGCACAGCCUCACGUGCACGUUCAUCACGCCGCAGCGGAGAGCUCCGUGCAGCCACGGGCUGCCGCUGCACCUGCCGCCGCAGCGUUGGCAGCCGCACCAGCAGCGUCAGCAGCGGCGGCAGGCGGGCGGGAGGCGUUCGACUUCGACCCAGACCGGCCUGAGAACUACGAUGACGUGGACAACCCCGCCGCCGUCGAGUCGUUCUUCAACUCGCCCUUCUUCGACCGCCGCAUGCUGUGGGACGACCUGCGCGCCCGCGGCGAAGCCGCGGAGAGCGCGCGGGGCGCUGGCAGCGGCGGCGGCGCUCGGGGGCGGGCGGCGGGCUUGCUACACGACAUGGGCGGGAGCGAGGGCGCUGCAGGCGCAGGUUGCGUUGGUGAUCAUGGUGAUCUUUUUGAUGCGGAUGAGGAGGAGGAUGGGCUGGACGGCGCAGGCAGCGAGGUGGCGGUGUCGCCCUCGUGGAUGGUGCCGCACGGUGUCAGGAGCGGUGCCGGCGGCGCCGCCGCGGCCGGUGCUCUGGGCUCGGGCAUCACCUUCCUCGCGUCGCAGCGGCCGGGGUCGGGGCAGCUGCAGCACUUCGAUAGCGUGGCUAUGCUGCUGAUGGGCACGCCCGGGGGUGCAGGCGAUGACGCGGCCCCCGCGGCCGCCGGCCGCGCGCCGCUGCGCAUUGCCGUGCCUGGCCCCGGCGCCACCGGCGGCCCCGCGGCUGUGCGCGCGGCAUCCGCUGCGCUGCCGGCGCCCGUGGCCAUCUACAAAGGCGCCGCGGCCGCCGCGGCGCUCGCCGCCGGCGCCAGCCACGGUAACGACGACGCCGUGGUUCCCGCCACGCCGGACGACGACGACCACCGGCGCGAGUCGCUGUUUGCCCGCGGCUCCGAGGGCGCGAACUACGGUGCCAUUGCGGCGGCGCCGGCCGCCGCCGCAGCGGCCGCGCUGCAGCCGGUGCCCACCGCGCCCGCCGAGUUCGUCCUGCCGGACACGCCGCCGCCGCCGGCGGCUGCGCAGCCGCAGGGCCAGGGCCAGGGCCAGGGGCAGGGACAGCAGCGGGAGGCAACGGCGCCGGCUGGCGAGCUGCACACAGGCGAGCGCGGCCGACCUAUAGAGCUGUUGUCGUCAGAUGACGAGGCGGGAGAGGGUGGAAGUCCGGCGUGUGCCGGUACUGCUGCGGCCGCUGCUGCGCCCGUGACUUCACCCGCCCGGGCGGCGGCGGCCCCGGCGCGUGCGGCCGCAGCGGCGGCGCGUCAGGCUAUUGGACGGGUGGUGGCAGGACUGCGGCGGCCUCGGCGCAGCUGAGCGCUCCGAGCUGCGCGCGUGUCUCGCCUUCCACUUAGCACACCAGGUUCAGAAAGAGCGCAUGCAACUGACGCACUGAUACCACAACUUGGCGCCGUUCUAGUGACCAAGACGAGGUCUGAGGUCUGGCGGCGUAGAGAUACCCAGCAAUGACCUGACGCUGAACAAUUCUUACCAAGAAACCCUGGUCUCCGGACCACCAGACUGACUUUCAUAAACGCAAUUUGCCUCGCUCGAAUGCGCAAGGCCUGAACUAUCUUUUAUGAGAGAUUGAGAGGUGAUAUGGGAUCACAAGCAAGAAGGGGAAUAACUUGACACGAAAAGGUCAAUGGACGUUUGGCUUCAAACGCCACUGGCUUCGGCGCUAGAAUGCCGUGCAAGGGCGUAGUCGUGGUUUAUAUUCAGGUUUUGCCUCGCGUGUGCAUUCCACUCGCUUUGAUUUCUGUGGCCGCGUGGUGACGGUCCGCCAUCGUUUGUUUCGGUCGUUGUGAUGAGUACCGUAGUAAUGGUAUAGCAUCAGUACCCUUCAGGAGGCAGAAUCGUUCAGAGAGUCGAGGGCGUGUGCAUACGGUAGGAGAGCUUGAGGAUGUCCUUGAUGAGACGGGUUGGGCGUGAGCAAUGUGAUGCAAGGCUAGAAUAAUACUCACAAGGAGUACCGUAUUCUUGCAGGGGAUGGGAGAUCUUGUUGGCCCGCCAAGGAGUAGGAUAGGCCUGUGGCGGGCCACACACUAGUACCGUAGUGAUUACGGUCGAGGCAGCUCGACAGGCACGCAUGCGCACGCGCGCCGUAGGAGCAACCUUUGAAAGCAAGUCGGGGACUGGGGACUCGGGGCGCUGCAGGAUUCAUAACGGUUACCAGAGCACGGCAGCAGCUCUGGCACGGUACAAGACACCGCCGAGAAGCGGGCAUGGUACAAGAUAAGAAUGAGGAGGAUGUGUAAAAGACUGAUUCA